AUGCACUUGGCCGGCCACCCCCGAGCCGCAGGUGUGGUUUUGGACAACGGCGAGGUUAUCGAAGCCGACAGAGUCAUAUGCAAUGCCGACUUAAUCUACUCGUAUAACAACCUCCUCCCACCGACAAGUUAUGCUACCUCUCUAUCCAAACGGAAAGCAUCUUGCUCAAGUAUCUCCUUCUACUGGGCACUAAACAGGCAGUUUCCCGAGCUAUCAGCGCACAACAUCUUCCUAGCAGAAGACUACAAAGAAAGCUUCGACAGCAUCUUCAAGAAACAUCUGAUACCCGAAGAGCCGAGUUUCUACGUCAACGUACCAUCUCGCGUGGACCCAGCGGCUGCGCCAAAAGGCUGCGAUGCAGUCGUUGUCUUAGUUCCUGUCGGCCAUCUCCUGGAUUCAUCUUCCGAGUCGCACAAGGGCACGCCAAACACAAGCGGCGCAACGCAAGACUGGGAUACCAUGGUCUCGAUAGCCCGGGAAACAAUCCUCAAGACUAUCGAAUCACGUCUCAAGAUUUCGCUUGGUGAACAUAUCGUGCACGAGUCUGUAAACACGCCGCCAUCGUGGAAAGACGCGUUCAAUCUAGAUCGUGGAGCCAUUCUCGGCCUCAGCCAUUCAUUCUUCAAUGUUCUUAGCUUUAGACCGAAGACGAGCCAUCCGGACAUCAGUGGUCUGUACUUUGUUGGCGCAAGUACGCAUCCUGGAACCGGAGUGCCUAUUGUCUUGGCUGGAGCCAAGAUCGUGAGUGAGCAGAUACUGAAGAGUGCGCAUGGAAGCAAGGUGCCGUGGGUUGAGAACAGCGCUGCGGUAGACGAGAAGAAUGACAGCCCGUUGGAUCGGGUGCAAUGGUUGCCGAUGUUGAAUUGGAUCCAUUGGGUAAUUUUUCUCGUUCUUGCGGUGGUUGCAUCGGCAUUCAGCGCGGUAUCAGGAGGCUGGGAUUGA